ACUAAAAUUCACUUUGGAAUUAUGUUCGUAGGAGUAAACCUAACGUUCUUUCUCCUUGGAGACGACCAGAUUUAUAACGUAAUUGUUACAGCACAUUCGAACCAAAACACGGUUUCUUCAAUUGGCUCUCUAAUUUCCCUAGUUGCUGUUAUCAUAUUCUUAUUUAUUAUUUGAGAAGCUUUCGCCGCCAAACGAGAAGUUCUGGCAGUAGAGCUGACUGCAACUAAUGAAGAGGACUUAAAUGCCGUGUAG